UAGACAGUAACCUACACGUACACUACUGACAUUACGUUACAGUAGCGAGGGUCAUGGAACAAUCUCAAAUUAUGGCAACCGAAUUUCUCAACAAACGACAAGAGGGGCGAAAACCCAAGAAGAAACAAAAAUCCCCAAAAAUUCCACGCGGCAGGUCUUCAAUUCUGCCCUCUGCCCGUCUCCAGACGCUGCCACCUGAGGUCCUGUUGAAGAUCCUAUCCUUUUUGGAUGCGUCAUCUCUGUACUCUAUUGGUUAUGUUAACAAAAAGCUUCAUGAGCUUGCCAACAACAAUGCUCUGUGGUACCGGCUAUAUAUUCGAGAGUGCACAAAGCAGAAGCUCAAGACCAAGCUGGGGGACGAGGUGGCCGAUAGGCUGACCAUCGCCACCAUACAGGAGAAGCCCAAGGGUCACUGGAAGAGGCUCCUUUUCAAGAAGAUGGUGGGCUUCAACCAGAGCAGGUGGAUCAGCCAGCUCAAAGCUGUCAGUCCCUACACAGGGCUGCCAAAACAGACGGUACAUGUCCUCAGGAGCUUGGGCGUGACGUGGGAGUUGACGGUGACGAAUCAAGAUGGACAUCAGAGAACCUUUAAGCACUCACACACGUUCUUCUCUGAGUGCUCCCUGAACCUGACCUGGAUUGGCCUGGGUGCCCUCGAGUACCUUGGGAUUAAGUCCAUGCAGCUCCACAGUGUGGUUCCUCUGGCCUUAGACCGGGGUGUCGCCUCUUGCAGCAGACCAGCCUGGCGUUCUCUGAUUUUUGAGGUGAACAUGGCCAAGUUCAACUGGCGCUUCUUUGGCUCCUGUGUGCUGGUGAGGGCGAGACACUGCAUCAGCUUCCCUGGCCUCGUCAUGGGCAUCUGGAGGGACAAUGACGAGGUGGUGUUUUUCAAGGCAAACUUACAUCUUCACAAGCUCGUAGAGAAAUGCCUUCUUGGAUCAAUUUCUGUCCCCUACUCUAUGCCAGAGCACAAGCCUCUGUUUGAUGAUGUCGACCCCGAAUACGGUCUCCAUGGAUACAAGGUGUAUAUCGAGCUCCAUGACAUGACGAAGCUCAUCAUGUCCGGUCAGUUCAGUGGACUCUUCUGCCGCAGAGAAGCUGUAACAAAGGAGUUUGUAGUCCUGCAGGCCAUCUCAAGGGAUAAAAGGUCACAGCACACAGCCUUCGCUGACAAGUUCAGUCUGAAGUGGAGAUCAGAGGGACUGGAAGGGUCUGUGGAGCACUGCUGUGUGAUGAGUGUCACGGUGCUGGACGAGUCUCAGACUCCCUUCUGGUGCGUGUCCUCUCCGGUCCCCAUCAUGCUGUCCAAAGGGGUGGACAGCAGAGACUACGACUACCGGGGCGAGUCCUAUGUUAUCCGCUACCAUGGCUCAGAGGGCAGGAUCUCCUUGGACCUUGUCUGGAUGGAAGAGUUGGGCCAGUACUUCCUGGUGAUGUUUCAUAUUCACCUACCUGUUGUGAAAAUCAAUAGGUACUUCGGUAGGAGUUACUAAGAAUAGCAUGUUGAAGUUUUGACAGCAUUUAUUGGAUUAUGAAAGAAUAGUUUUCUAUUAGUGGUUAAUAGUUUGGUUCUGUGUAUGGUGCAUUGGAAUUGUUUGCAUAAUGUUAGUGUGAAAACGUGUAAUGACCAAAACAUGUUGCUUCUAGGAGAUGAGAAGUAGUGUUUAAUUUCAUUUGUGAAUAAUCAAUUGGACAAGGCCUCAAUGCAUCUUACAUGUUUUUGUUUGAUUAAAGCAGUGGUCAUUUGUUUCUGUGGAUUAAAGCUAUA